AAAAAAAACAUCUGUUACUAAAUUUAGACAAGAUCCCAGGUACAUCACACUUUGAGUUGACUUUUCUUUCCCUUGGACGCUUUCGCUCAAAUUUGAAACAAACAUUACUUCCGUUUUUCUUUUACUCAACGCCACGAGGAAACUACAUGGGGUUUGGUUUCCUUUUUGCUGUGCUCCCACCGACGGCCGAGGGAAUCCCCCGAGAACAUAUAUAAAUCCAACAGAUAAGAAGGGAGCAACACAGUGCUACUGAUUGACCCGGCUCGACCAGAGAUAACUUUAUCUGAUCAGGAAGAUGUCACCUUUUAAUCUCUGCUUCUCCAGCUGUGUGCUGCUCCUGCUGACCCUGAGCUGGCGCACGUCCACAGGACUCCCGGUGCGCACUUUGAGCUCAGAGCAGUGCGAAAGCUGCGCACUGCUCUUCAGGAAUCUCCUGCUGAAUGCCACAGAGCUUCUGAAAAGUGAUGUUUUGUGCUUCGGCAUCACCUCCGAUAAUGUGGAGGUGAGCAGUAAAACCGAGACAGUCCUGGCCUGCGCACCCAUUCUGACUCAGAACUCAGGUUGUAUGAUGCAAAAAAAUCCAUCCUUCAGUGAGAGUGAAUGUCUGAGGAACAUCAUGAAGGACUUGGACCACUACGCUGCCAUUUUUCAGUCCUACAUCAGCUCCUCACUCAGGAGUCCUGAGCAGGAGGUUCCACUUCUGAGGCCAACUCUGGGAAUAAUCCAGAGCCUGAGGAAGAACUGCUCCCUGAUGCCGAACGGAGAGAGCGACUCUUUGGAGGAGGAAGCUGCCCAGAUGUUUGGGGAUGACACCUUCACUAACAGGCAGAAGAUGUGUAAGAUGAUGAGGGGCUUCUACACCCGAACCAUCACCAUCAACAGAGCCAUGGGCUACAUCUCCUCAGGAGACCACAGGCAGUAAACAUCCUGCAGCAGCAUCAUCAUCAUCAUCAUCUUCAUCAUCAUUCCAAUCAUACCAUAAUGUGACAACCCCUUUAAUUUAUCACAACUGAACAAGCCCUCCUGACCACUCACUAUCAUAUUUUACAACUAUUAGCCAAGUAGGUCUUUACACUGCACAUGCUGCACAAUCGUCUGCAUGAUUACUGCUCAAGCAUAAGCUAGUUGGCCAGACUCCAACCUCAGUGGAAGCUGAACAACAGUCAAACUAUUGCUGAGGUUUGCAGUGGAGGCCAUGUUGGCCAAUAUACAUGUAUGAAUGUAUUCCAAUAUUUGGGGGAAUGUAACUAUUUAUCUAUUUACUAUUUAAGUAUUUAUUAUAUAUGUAUUUAUUUAUUUAUUUGAUGGCCUGUAAUGUUAUUUAUUGUUAUUUAUAAUAAACUUUCUUUUGGUAUCAAGCACUGAAGUGGAAGUGAUUUAUGAAUGAAAGCGGGUGCAAAUGAAAACGGAAGUGAUGGCA